AUGGAUAAGUCGUGGAUGCACGCCGAUAGAAGAUCACGGAAGUUUCAGCUAGGACUAGCAGAAUUUUUAAAGUUUGCCUCAGCGAAUGCCAGUAAUGAAAGGAAGAUACGUUGUCCUUGUUUAAAAUGUUGCAACACCGAUGGAUUUUCCAUUGGAGUUAUUAAAGACCAUAUAUUCUGGAAUGGUAUUGAUGAGAGUUAUAAGAAUUGGAGGUGGCAUGGAGAGCCUUCUACGUCUCACAUGAAUAGUAGAAUGCAAGGCGAAUCUGAAACUGUAGAUUGGGAACCUGCUAGUGGGGUAGGGGAGAAUGAUGUAGAUAUAGGAGGAAGUGAGGAUGAGGAGAUAUUUGAAGACUCAAAUGAGUUUCUAAAGUAUGUGGAGGAUGGUGAUAAGUUCUUGUACCCUGGUUGUACCAAGACAACCAAGUUGAAUGGUUUGAUUCAGACAUUCAAUCUGAAAGCAAAGCAUGGAAUGACCGAUGCAUGCUAUUCUGACAUGCUAAUAAUGAUUGGGGGUUUGCUUCCUGAAGCGAAUGAGGUUCCAGCCUCAUUGUAUGAGGCAAAAAAAACACUUAGUCAAUUAGGGAUGGAGUACGAAAAGAUCCAUGCAUGUCCUAAUGAUUGCAUCUUGUAUAGACAGCAGCAUGUAGAUGCUAUUAUAUGCCCCACUUGUGGUGUUUCACGGUGGAAAUUGGGCAAGGAUAAAACAGAGAAAGAAGGGAUUCCUGCCAAGGUAUUAUGGUACUUUCCAUUAAUCUCGAGGUUGAAACGAUUGUACCAAUCAGCAAACACAUCUAAGAAUCUGACUUGGCAUAACCAUGGCAGAAAAAAAGAUGGGAUGAUGCGACAUCCAGCUGAUUCCCCAACCUGGGAUUUAAUUGAUAAAAGAUGGCCAGAAUUUGGGAAUGAGCCUAGGAAUCUCAUACUAGCCCUCUCAUCUGAUGGCUUUAACCCCCAUAGUUCGCUAAGUAGCAGGUACUCUUGUUGGCCUGUUAUACUUGUCACAUAUAAUCUUCCCUCUUGGCUGUGUAUGAAGAGGAAGUAUACGAUGUUGACUUUGUUAAUAUCUGGACCAAAACAACCUGGUAACGAUAUUGAUGUCUAUUUGCAGCCCUUAAUAGAUGACUUGAAAUUGUUGUGGGAUGGAGUUGAAGGAGUAUAUGAUGCAUUAAGAAGGGACUACUUCAAACUGAAAGCGGUACUCCUCUGGACUAUUAACGAUUUUCCUGCUUAUGGGAACUUGUCAGGUAGCAUUGUAAAAGGUUACAAUGCUUGUCCAAUAUGCGUUGAUCAGACCCGACCACAUAGGUUGAAAAAUGGUAAGAAAAUGUCAUUCAUAAGGCAUCGCCGCUUUCUACCUCGACAUCAUCCUUAUCGAAAACAGUAUGCUGCUUUCGACAACACAAUAGAAGAGGACCUUGCUCCUGAACCAUUAACCGGAGACGAGGUGUUAGCAAGAGUAGAGAGUCUGAAUUGUGAAUUUGGCAAAAAGUCUCGUCCUCCUCAUGGUAAAACAAAGGAUGGGGUUGCUGCUCGUUUAGACAUGGUUGAAAUGGGCAUUACGACUGAUUUGAGCCCUAAAACUGGUGCCAAAAGGGACAAGUUACCUUUGGCUACUUGGAACUUGCUGCUAAAUGAAAAGAAAAUUGUUUGCAGCUCUUUUUUCGAUAUGACUGUGCCUGUCCGGUUUUCCUCAAAUGUUAGAAGUCUUGUCUCUAUAGAUGAUUUAAGACUUGUUGGUCUUAAAUCGCAUGAUUGUCACACCGUCAUGCAAAUUCUUCUCCCUGUUGCUUUAUGCUCUGUUCUAGAGAAGCCGGUUCGGCAUCCUGAGGGGUGCAUAGCAGAGUGUUACAUUGUCGAAGAGGCUGUUGAGUUUUGUGCUGAACGUAUGCUUGAUGAUGCUACUACUGCUGGAAUUCCAGAAAGUUGCAAAUCAGGAGUCCGUAAUGCGACAACACCAUUAUCAGGCGCUACCAUGAUAUAUGUUUAUGGAAAGGAGCUGCAUCAAGCACAUCUUUGUGUCUUACAAAAUACGGAGGAUGCGAUGCCCUAUUUUACGUUCUCGAAAAACCGAAAGUGGCUGAAGGAUAAACAGAACCAAACAUUUGCUGAGUGGUUAAAGGAGAGGGUUUCAGAAACAAUGAGGUGGCUGGCAGGUGGACCAAAGAAUGAAGUGCCGACAUUUAGUGGAUACCAGGUUAAUGGAGUUGAUUUCAACACCAAGGAGCGGGAUAAUGUUCGUUCAGUUCAAAACAGUGGAGUGUUUUUGCAAGCUGAUGCAAUACAAAUCUGGGAGUUGGACUACUAUAAGUUUAGGGUUCCGAUAUUCAAAUGUGAUUGGGUUGAGAAUGUUAGGGGCAUCAAAGUAGAUGAACUUGGGUUUACUUUGGUAAAUCUAAAUAGAAAAGGGCACUUGAAGGAUGCUUUUGUCUUGAGUACACAUGUAAAGCAAAUUUUUUACAUACAAGACCCUCUUGUUGCUCAAUGGUCAGUAGUCGUACGGUGCCCAGAUAGAGACUACCAAGGGGCUGCUGAAGAUGAGGAGCUAGAGGAUAUUGAAAUGGAGCAGCAGCUAUUUAAUGCCACAAUGCCAUCCAUUGAGACUUUUGAUAACAUUGUUGGUGAUGAACCUAGCAGUUAUAUGCGACCUGGAGAUGAAGGAAUAUGGAUUGAGAAGGAAAACGGUUCACAUGGCUAA